AUGAAGGUGCUCCCAGCAGCUGGUAUGGCCUUGCUAGCGUCGACUGCCCAGGGUUCGCCGUCGCCGCCCUUGAAAAUCCAAACAAGAACAUCUCUCGAUUCUCGCCUAUCCAACGUCCACCUCGAUUUCCUCACGCCCAUCCGUGAAUCUAUCGACCUCAUAUACGGCUCCUGCGAUUCUCUAGCACGAGCCAGCGGCUCCCACCACGCCAUAGGCCAGACGAUCAGCUCGUCGCAUGAUCGAGUCGUCUGGGUAAUUCCCGAAGAUGCAUACUCUGGAGGCUGCAUCUCGGCAUGGGGCAGUUCGACCGGCCUUCUGCUCGGUCGCAGUCGAGAACAGCACGUGGACUUGCAAACGAUGGACCGGCGGCGCCACUCGAGGCGGAGGUCCAGGCUUCCUAAGCGUGACGACAGCCCCCACAACAUCUACAUGGACAAUUCUACGGGUGUCGAUGUUUGGGGCCCCUGGUUUGAAGGCGUCGAGUUGCUGAAAAAUUCAGAGACGGUCUCCGUGGACGCUGCAGCCGCCAAGCGCAAGAACAUUGCCAUCGUUGGCGCCGGAAUGUCUGGGCUCAUGGCCUUUCUCUGUCUGACACAGCAAGGAAUGACAAACGUGAGCAUCAUCGAAGCCGGGAGCCGCCUGGGUGGCCGCGUGCAGACAGUGUACCUGAGCGGCGGGCCGUUCGACUACAGCUACCAGGAGAUGGGCCCCAUGCGUUUCCCCACGACGCUUACGGUCAACAACGAAACCCACAACGUGUCAGACCACCAGCUCGUCUUCCAGCUUGCCGACGAGAUGAAUAGAAUCAACAACCACGACAGAAAUCUCAGCGUGGACUUCAUCCCCUGGUACGAUUCGAGCGACAGGGACGACGGGUGGUACCCCAGCGAAGGGAGCCUCCGGACUGGAGGCAAUGGUAGCGUGAGGCCCUUUCUGCAGUCGCACAGGCUCCCCGAUCCGUCGACAAGAGAGCUCUUCAACAAGGUGAACAAGGCGCUUCCGUGUAAAGACUUUUGCGUGGAGAUGGCCAGAAAUAUGUUCAGGGCGCAUCGCAAGUGGCUCGACAACGGUCUGGGGGAUAUACAACAGUGGAGCGAAUAUGCCUUCAUGGCGAACUAUAUCACGGCGAGGUCAAACAGCACAAACCCCGAGUUCGUCGGAAAAGGGGCCUCUUCAUUUUGGGACAAGCUCUACGAGGGCAUGUACGCAAACGCCACAACGUGGAGGACCGUGGAUGGCGACUCAAACAAGGUCACUCUCCAGUUCCCGGGCGCAGACGCGGACCCUUGGAUCAACUCGACCCACGACUAUGUCAUGUUGGCUGUGCCCUUCUCGGCCAUGAAGAACUGGAGCAUAUCCGGCCUCAGUACGACAAUGCAGGACGCGAUCACGCGUCUGCCAUAUGCCUCUGCCUGCAAGGUCGCCCUCGAGUUCGAAACUCGGUUCUGGGAGCACCUCUCCGAGCCAAUCUACGGAACUUGCCGUGCUGCCGGCCGCGAAAUGUUCCCCGGGAUUGGCAACAUCUGCUACCCUUCUUAUAACUUGAACGGCACGGGGCGCGGCGCGCUCUUGGCCUCGUACAUCUCUGAGCCCGGCUGGGGCGACAAAUGGGCAUCAGUCAGCGAACGCGAUCACGUCCAGUACGUGCUGGACGCCAUGAUCAAGAUCCACGGCGACGUGGCAAGGCGACAAUAUACAGGGAAGUUCAGUCGUGUCUGCGGCUGUCUGGACCCUCUGGAGGGCGCAAGCUGGGCAGACCCAACUGUCCGACAGCACCAGAUAUACCUGCCCGAGUACUUUAAAACCCACAACAAUAUGAUCUUUGUCGGCGAGCAUACGAGCCUGACACACGCGUAG